AUGGCACAGGCUGCAAGGGCGCAAGUGCUGCGAAGGAUGGGCCAGGAGCAGGUGCCAGAAAAGGCAUCCAGGCAGCAGUUGCUGCAGCACUUGCAGGAGGCACGCGAACGUUCUCGGAGACUUCAGGACAGCCUCAGAGGGAAUGCUGUUCGACUGGCGAUAGCUGCACAGCCAGCACCGGGUCGAGAUCUACCAACGCUGCACAAGCAGUUUGAUCCAGGGGCUUUUGUUGAUCGCAAGGUGUACGACCAGCUGCGCGCCUCGCGCAACCGGCUGAGCAAGCAGCUGUCAGAGCGCAACCGCGACCUGCUCUUUCUAGAGCAACGCCUGGACGAGCGAGAGCAGGCAAGCCUUGAAGGGCCAGACCUGGUUGCGGCAGCAGCGGCUUUGGAGAAGCUGCGGAAGGAAGCAGAAGCUGCCAAGCAGCUGGCGGAGAAGUCGGCCGCCGCGCACACCUACGGCGUCGACCGCGCAGCCGAUCGGAAAAAUGCGACCUUGGUCCUCACCCGUCUGACACAGCUGCAGAAUGCGUUCAGCACGGAGAUACAGGCGCUGGAUGCGCGGGUGCCGAGGCAGGUUCCCAUUGCCUGGUUUGGCGUGGCCAGCGAGGUGCGGCUGAUGGGGAGCUUUGACGGCUGGACGCGCGGCGUUGACCUCAGCGCGGAUGACAUCAGCGAUUCAGUCUUCACUCGCUUUGAGGCCACUGUGCUCCUGCUGCCGGGAGAGCAUCAGGUGAAGUUCCUUGUGGACGGCAACUGGCGCCUUGCGCCGCAUUGGCCUGCAGUGACAAAUGCGCUCGGAGACACCAACAAUGUUUUUGCUGUGAUGUGAACAAAAUCCUGAAGCAGGCUUACAGUGUUUUGCACUCUUGCUGCUGCGACGCGCAUGCGCAUGAGCAAGCUAUAUAGUAUGGAAUGGGGACUGAUGGAGGGUGGCCGGCGCCGGAGUCUCAUAGAAAGUGCAAUCCUUGCAAACUCGCUGCACAUGCAAGCUGUUAUAACUUAGAUUAUUUGGGAGAUAUCUAUGUUCAAUUGUCAGUCCAAUUGUCAGGACAUAGGGACUGUGUUGGAUCACUGUACACUGGCAUUAUUGCGUGCUGUUAGCUAGAAAGUAGUACUUCAAGCAUGACUCUCAGAGACCUAUAGGCUAGAGAUCUGACAUUUCCAGACUGAAAUUGACUUCAUCUUGGGGUUUAUCUUGUGUAUGUGUAUGUGAGAUCUGCUUCUCAU